ACAGAGAGAAAGAACAAAACCUUCCGUUUCAAGAAAGCAUCGUUUCUUCUUUGUGUGUCCGAAAAUGGAAGAUCUUGGCGAAGAGUACAAGAAUUAUUGGGAAACCACAAUGUUCUUCCAGAAUCAAGAACUCGAGUUUGACAGCUGGCCGUUGGAGGAAGCGUUUUCUGGCUCCGGCGAGUCGAGUUCGCCGGACGGAGCAGCAACGUCGCCGGCGUCUUCGAAGAAUGUUGUCUCCGAGAGGAACAGACGGCAAAAGCUUAAUCAGAGACUCUUUGCUCUUCGAUCAGUAGUUCCCAAUAUAAGCAAGUUGGACAAGGCGUCUGUCAUCAAAGAUUCAAUCGAUUAUAUGCAAGAACUCAUUGAUCAAGAGAAAAUACUAGAAAAAGAGAUCAGAGAGCUGGAAUCACAAUCAUUAUCGCUAGAAAAUCCUGCAAGAGAUUACGAUUGCAUCAAUAACUUCCCAGAAAAUCACCUGCAAGAUCUCUCCGGCAUUAAUGUCCGGAGAUCAAAGAAGUUGAGGCAGAUGGAUUACGAUGCUUUUGGAUCAUCGGUUCCUAGAGUACAUACUCACUCCCUCAUCGAAGUUCUCGAAAUGAAGGUGACGUGGAUGGGAGAGAAGACAGUAGUGGUAUGCAUAACAUGUAGCAAGAAGAGAGAGACAAUGUUGCAGCUUUGUAAAGUGUUGGAGUCUUUGAAUCUCAACAUUCUCACUACUAACUUCUCUUCCUUCUCCUCUCGUCUCUCCACUACUCUCUUCCUCCAGUUCAUCUAUAUUUUGAUUCACUACGUUUUGUGU